ACCCCCCUUCUUUAAUUUCUUUUGCUCUCUCUCCCCCCAUUUUCUCUGUAUUAUUAUUGAUAUUGAUUCUUUUUACGAAAAAACCGAAAAUCAACUCCAAAUUCAAAGAUUGUUGCCACCCCUAACGCCCAAACAACAACAAAAAAAGCUUCACCUUUACAAUACCAAUUUUGGUUCAUAAAGCUUCACCUCUAAUUGUCACAUAUUGAUAUACCAAAAAGAAAAAAAUACAAAGAGGAACAAAAGAAAUUGUAGAAUUUGAAAAGGCUUUUUUUGUCAAUGGAUAGUAUUUGUUUAACGGGAGGGAUUCAAGGUAUGGCGGGGCCGAUCGCCGUCGCCGGCACCGGAGCCUUAGACGUCCGUGCAACCCAAUUUAGUACAUCCGCCGUUGGCCGUUCGUCGGCGGCGUCUAUGUCGGUUGAAAAGCCAUCUUCUUCUCAGAGGAAUAAAAAUACAUCAUGGGGUUUUUCAUUUAGGUACCCACUUAGAUCCUUUUGGUCAGGGGGUAAAGGAAGGUACGAUGCAAUAGCUGUAGACGACGCCGUAUUGAUGGAUGAAAAGGAGGAGAAGAAAGAUGAGGAGGAGGGGCAAAAUGGGAAUUGGGUAUUGAAGAUUUUGCAUGUUAGGUCUCUGCGUAGUAAAGAUGAGGAUGAUGAUGUAGGGGACAAGGGUGGUGGUGGUGGUGUUGAAGAUGAUGUUCAAGAAAACAGUGGACGGCAAAAUAGUCAAUGCGGUGGUGGGGAUGAAGAGUGUGAUGUGUGUUCUGUAGAUGAUGAUGAAGAAAAAUUCAAAUUUGAUAGAAAUUCUUUUUCUAAGUUGCUAAAAAGGGUGUCAUUAGCUGAAGCUAGAUUGUAUGCUCAGAUGUCUUAUUUGGGAAGUCUGGCUUAUUCUAUACCCCAAAUUAAGAAGCAAUGUCAUCUGGCAGCCAUGUUAUGGGAUUCCAUGCUUCUGUUUUUGUUGGUGCAGCCAGAAAAUUUAUUGAGGAAUCAUGGAUUGCAGUUUGUCACUUCUUCAUUGGAGAAGAAAGAACAGGCAUUGAAAGCUGAGAAAGAGAAGGCAGAAGCUGAAGGCCAGGAGAAGAAAGAGAAUGAAGUUGUUCAAACUCAGGUAGAAGAAAAGAACACUACAAAUUCAGUAGAAGGGGAUAUGAAGACCAGUGGGAACAGGAUAAGUGCAUCUACUGCUUACCAUAUAGCUGCCUCUGCAGCAUCUUAUCUGCACUCUCAUACAAAGAGCAUUCUUCCGUUUAAAUCGUCCAACUCUGUGCCAAAUAAAGAUUCCUCUGAAACAACCAUCGGAAGCGGUGAAAAUGUAGUUGGAAGGAACAGGGAAGUUGCUUCUUUUAUGGCGACCAGUGACUCAGUUACAUCAGUAGUUGCUGCAAAGGAGGAAGUAAAGCAGGCUGUUGCAGACGACCUGAACUCGAAUCAUUCUUCACCCUGUGAGUGGUUCGUAUGUGAUGAUGAUGAGAGUUUGACAAGAUUUUUUGUCAUUCAGGGAUCAGAGUCAUUGGCAUCAUGGCAAGCAAAUCUAUUCUUUGAACCUAUUCAAUUUGAGGGUUUGGAUGUGAUGGUCCACAGAGGUAUCUAUGAAGCUGCAAAGGGAAUGUACGAACAGAUGCUGCCGGAAGUACGUUCACACCUUAAAUCUCAUGGUAGUUGUGCCAAAUUCCGUUUCACUGGGCAUUCCCUUGGUGGAAGUUUAUCAUUGCUCCUCAAUCUCAUGCUGCACAUAAGGGGAGAAGUUCCUCCUCCUUCCUUGCUUCCUGUUAUAACUUUUGGUGCACCGUCAAUAAUGUGCGGAGGAGACCGCCUCCUUCGCCACCUUGGCUUGCCUCGGAGUCAUCUGCAGGCAAUCACAAUGCACCGAGACAUUGUACCCCGAGCCUUCUCUUGCAAUUAUCCCAAUCACGUUGCAGAAUUUCUUAAAGCAAUCAAUGGAAACUUCCGCAAUCAUCCAUGUCUGAAUAAUCAGAAGUUGUUGUUUGCUCCAAUGGGGGAAUUCUUAAUUCUGCAGCCAGAUGACAAGUUCUCUCCAAACCACGACCUGCUACCUUCAGGCUCCGGUCUGUAUUUAAUGAGCGAUCCUGUAUCAAGUUCAGCAGAGGCAGAAAAACAAAUCCGAGUCGCUCAGUCUGUGUUUUUAAACUCACCCCACCCGCUUGAGAUCCUAAGUGAUCGCUCAGCCUAUGGUUCUGGAGGAACAAUACAAAGAGAUCAUGACAUGAACUCGUACUUAAAAUCUGUAAGAAACGUAAUUCGCCAAGAGCUGAACAGUAUCAGAAAAGCUCGGAGGAAGCAGAGGCGCAGAGUUUGGUGGCCAUUGGUUGCACCAAGUGGGGUUAAUGCUGGUAUUGUUGUUAGAAGGCAUGUGGAAUCAGGUAAUAUGGGCCGUGGCCAGUUCAACUUUGCUGGCAUUUUACAUAGUGGAAAAGAGUCAUUGAAGCGGUUCAGUACGCUAGUUGCAUCGCAGCACAUGCACUUGCUUGUGGUGCUUCUGUUUCCUGCACGGUUGCUUAUCGUUGGGACUUUCAGCAUGUUGAACUUCCGUUGAAUCGCCAGAAAAAGCAUUGGACAAGUUAAAGGAGGGUAGAUGAUUCUUUAUUCUUUUGACAACUAAAGUCCCCCGGGAUUCUGAAAGAGGGGGGCUUACCUGAAUGUAAGAAACCUAAAUGUCAGUAUUAGUGAAAAAUAGAUUUACAAUUUGGAUCCAAUUCUUAUUGGUCAAAACUGUUACCGAUUAUUAUUCCAUUUAUUGGAAUGCAAAGAUGUAUAUCCUAUUAUGUUUGAUGUAGUAAUGAUAUCGUCUCUUCUCACAUAGA